AUGGGUGAAAAAGCAACAACGAAUGAGGUGAUCGCUGGUCUCCUCAAUGCACUUCGGGAUAUAGAUUGGUAUGGUGUCCGACCGAAAGCGCGUGAAGCCCUCGGAAAAAUGGGUGAAAAAGCAGCAACGAAUGAGGUGAUCACUAGUCUACUCAAUGCACUUCCGGAUGAAAAUUCCGAUGUCCGACGGACAGCAUGUGAAGCCCUCGGACAAAUUGGUGAAAAAGCGGCUACGAAUGAGGUGAUCGCUGGUCUGCUCAAUGCACUUCAGGAGGAAAACUUCGAUGUCCGACGGAAGACGAGUGAAGCCCUCGGAAAAAUUGGUGAAAAAGCAGCAACGAAUGAGAUGAUCGCUGGUCUUCUCGAUGCACUUCGAGAUGAAGAUUCAGGUGUCCGACACAUAGCAUGUGAAGCCCUCGGGAAAAUGGGUGAAAAAGCGGCAAUGAAUGAGGUGAUUACUGGUCUGCUGACGGCACUUCGGGAUGAAGAUAGUCUUGUCCGACAGAGAGUGCAGCAAGCCCUCGAAAUAGUGGGUGAAAAAGCGUCAACGAGUAAAAUGAUCGCUGGUCUGCGCAAUGCACUUUACGAUGAAGAUCGGCGUGUCCGAUGUAUAGCAUGUGAAGUCCUCGGAAAAAUUGGUGAAAAAGCGGCAACGAAUGAGGUGAUCGCUGGCCUGUGCAAUACACUUUACGAUGAAGAUUGUGAAAUCGAAACACUCUUCAAUUAUGACUUAUCUAGUGAAGAUCGACGUAAACCUGUUUCAGAAGCUUGUGAUGCAAUUCAACAUGCACUUUUAAAUCAUUUUGUUCCUCGAUUCCUUGGUCUGGGUCACUUAAAUCGUUCAACACUGCUCUCUCAUUACACGUCUUAUUCAAGAAUUUUCUUUGGUGAAGGCACCUGCCUCAUAUGGGACGGCACCUACUUAUAUAUCAACAAGAGUAGGGACCAUCUGCUACAAAAGCAAACUUAUUUUGGGCGGAAAAAACGUCAUCUGGUGCAGAUGAUGUCAAUUACAUUUCCUGAUCGAUAUGUUUCAGAUACAAUUGGACCAUACGCUAGAACAGAAAAUGAUGCCACGAUCGCUCAGCACAUUACCCAAGUAAAUGAACAAUUGCAACAGUGGUGUGAGCCCGAGGAUGUAGCAAUUGUCGAUCGAGGUUUCGAUCGAGUUCAGGAAGUUUUGGAAGAUAUGGGACUAGUUGUAAGAAUGCCGUCAUUUUUUAAAGGCAAACAACACUCCACCGAGGAGGCUAACCAAGCAAGAUUGGUAGCCAAGGUUCGCUGCGGCAUAAAAGUGUAUCAUGCUCGGUUGAAAAAAUUCACCUUCUUGCAACAUACUAUUCAAAAUUCAUUAUUUGGCAAGAAUGGUCCAUAUGUUAAAACCGUCACAGCGUCACUCAAUUGUUUUCGAUCACCGAUUUUUAAAUCAAGUGAUCCAAAAAAAGAAGAAAAAUUGGCGCGCAUCAUCAUAGCACGUGUUAAAGCUAACAAUCAACUACAAACAAGCGUACAAAAAGAGCAUUGA